AUGACAAAAACGGUCACCGUUCGUCUGGUUGAUUUCGGAUUUCGUCUCACUCAAUUAGACGCUUCAGCUAUCAAACCAUUAAUGAUCGCAUUUGAUGGACCACCGCUAGCAUUUCGAUUAUUGAUUGAUUCAUUACCGAAACAACAAAAAGAAAGUUUAUGUCGUUAUGCAACGCUUUCUGUUCGAUUAACAACAUCACGAGAAAAGCAUUUUUUGUGCUGGUCAAAAACUUGGAAAGCAACUGAUAUUAAGAAACAAAAUUGGAAUAAAGGAAGAAAUGAUUGUUCAUCGAGUAUGCAUUCAUCUGAAAUGUACAAUUUCAAUAAUCAACAUUGUGCUUCCUCAAGUCUUGGCUUAGUUACACGAGCUUUCGUUACUUCUUGGCUUAAUAAGGAGCACAAAAGAGCUGGUGGACGAGGUAUUGAGGCUGCAUUAAGUGGAAUAGCCAAACGUCAUUCAGAUUUGCCACCCUCUGAAUUUGCAUUAAGUAAAGCUGAUAAUUUCAUCAAUAAAACAUUAAAACUUCAAUCAACCCAAUCCUCCGAUAAUUGCUUGAAUCAAUUAGCAACAAAACCAAUUAUGAAAAUUGAUAAUGAUUGGCCAAUAAUUGCAAGAUUAUCAAAAACUAUCAGAAAGGCACCUCUGGAAUUGUUGAAAAAAGAAAGCCAAAAGAAAGUGAAAAAGUUGCAAGCAAUGAAGGAGGAUUCAGGAAGAUCUGUUCAUUUGAACAAUUCUAAUCAUCCAGACAAUUUAAAAAAUCUCUCAAAUUUUAAUCAUCCAAAUGAUUGUAAUAAUCUGGAAGAUUCUAACUAUCCGAAAGAUUCCAACUAUCUGAAGGAUCCUGAUCAUCUGACGGAUUCAUACCAUCCAUCUAAUUCUAAUCAACUAAACAAUUCUAACUAUUUGGAUGAUCCUAACCGCUCGACGGAUUCUAAUAAUGUUGCAAUUAAGGAAAACGAAAAUGCCAUAUCGGAUGCGCAAUUGUCACCUUCAUCAGUAAGCACUGUGCAUACAUGCCGCGAAUUGCUUUGA